AUGAGCUUCCCUAUCGAGGAAUCGCCCAUUCUCGAGGCUCUCAGCGGCAUACGAAACCGUCUCACAGCUCUCAAACGAGAAACGGCAGACUUUGUGAAACCACAAGAUGUAGUCAAUCUCUAUCAAGCCACGGUCAAACAGGGCGCGUACAACCCCUUUACCUUUUAG